AUGUAUGUGUUUUUAAAAUCAUGUUACACUGACUCUGACCCUGACCCUGACACUGACCCUGACUCUGACCCUGACUCUGACGCUGACCCUGACCCUGACCCUGACCCUGACACUGACACUGACAGUGACUCUGACUCUGACCCUGACUCUGACCCUGACACUGACCCUGACCCUGACCCUGACACUGACCCUGACUCUGACCCUGACUCUGACCCUGACUCUGACACUGGCUCUGACGCUGGCCCUGACUCUGACUCUGACCUUGACUCUGACCUUGACUCUGACCCUGACUCUGACCCUGACCCUGACUCUGACUCUGACCCUGACUCUGACCUUGACUCUGACCCUGACUCUGACGCUGACCCUGACCCUGACCCUGACGCUGACCCUGACUCUGACCCUGACUCUGACCCUGACUCUGACACUGACCCUGACACUGACCCUGACUCUGACUCUGACCCUGACUCUGACCCUGACACAGACACAGACGAUCCAUCUGCUCAGACUGUUUUGAUGCUGCAGCUCUUCACUCUCACUGAUUCUUCUCUCUCCUCCUCCUCCUCCUCUCACCUCCUCUCACCUCCUCUCACCUCCUCUCACCUCCUCUCACCUCCCCCCCCCCCCCCUCUCCUCUCUCCCCGUCCGCUCUCUCCACCUGCCCUCUCCUCUCCUCCCCCCCCCUCGCUGCUCCUCUCACCUCCUCCUCCCCCCUCGCUGCUCCUCUCACCUCCUCUCCCCCCCUCUCUCGUCCUCUCUCCUCCUCCCCCCUCGCUGCUCCUCUCUCCUCCUCCCCCCUCGCUGCUCCUCUCUCCUCCUCUCCCCCCCUCUCUCGUCCUCUCUCCUCCUCCCCCCUCGCUGCUCCUCUCUCCUCCCCCCCCCCUCGCUGCUCCUCUCUCCUCCUCUCCCCCCUCUCUCUUCUCUCCUCCUCCCCCCUCGCUGCUCCUCUCUCCUCCUCUCCCCCCCUCUCUCGUCCUCUCUCCUCCUCCCCCCUCGCUGCUCCUCUCUCCUCCUCCCCCCUCGCUGCUCCUCUCUCCUCCUCUCCCCCCCUCUCUCUUCUCUCUCCUCCUCACUCCUCUGUCUGUUCCUCCAGAGGGUAACGAGUGUGUCAGUGCCAAUAAGUUUUACUGUUCAGCCAAUCACAGCCACAUGAUGGCGCUGUUGCAGCAGCUCCUGUACAGUGACGUCUCGGUCUCUGUUCCUGGCGAGACUAUCAUCGUCCCUGUAGGUGCGCAGGUCGUCCAAGGACGGUCCGCCUGCUGUCAGCAACUGUGA